AAUAUGUGUUUGGGUAAAUUGAAAACAAUAAAGUUGGGCUUGAUAGGAUUUUCUUGUGGCGCKUAGGAGAUAAUUUAGAAAUGUCAAUCUCGAGGGCUCAGAUUAGAUGAUGAUUUCCGUGCGCUAUAGUAGGCUUCCGAUAAGGAUUGGAGAUUGUACUCAUUAAAAGCUAUUAGGCUAAACAAAACCCUCUGAAGUGUGGGCUAUAUACUUGUGAACGCUUUACGAGUGCUUCACUUAAGCCAGUUAACGUGGAGUCCAGAGGACAUAAUCCGACACAUAACGCUCGCUCUAGGGUAAAUCCUAUUUUAUCCUACAUCGAUCAUACUCGAACUAAUCAAAGUCCUCAAUAGCCUUAACUUUGACAGGCUAUUUACAGAGGGAGUUGUCUGCGGAGAAUUGGCGUACACCACAACAGCUGAUAACUCAAACGACUGGUCAUAAGAGAGUGCUAUUAUUGAAGAAUCAUUUAUCAGCACCUUGAAUCUGUCGUGCAAUCGAGAGGAGUAGUUAACCUUACCACUGUAGSCAACUUCAGUUUCUUGUUUCAGUUGACUUGCUAUCAAAACAUGAAUUUAACUGGCGGAGAAAGAGCAAAUGAGUCGUCAAGGGCAAAUUUAAGUUUCCAGAAURCAACAGAAAGCCCUUCGUGUUCUUAUUACUGUGAGCCACUAGCCCUGGAAGUCUUCAAGCUAACACUACAGGUUGCUAUCGCACUUGUUGGUGUUUUAGGGAACAUUCUGGUGUGUGUUGUCAUUACCAGACGUGCUAACAUGAAGACGAGCAUGAACUUGUACCUGCGAAAUCUCGCCAUCACUGAUUUGGGAGUUCUCCUAGUUAACUUUCCAUUAGUGGCCAAUUCAAUACACAACACAUCAGGUUGGCCAUUUGGUAAAUUCUUGUGUCUCUACGUGGCACCUGCCACAGACAUCUUUUUUGGUGCUUCCAUUUGGUCCAUCACGGUGAUUGCCAUYGAGAGGUAUAAAAAUAUCAUCAGCCGUAAAGUUUUCGUAAAGAAAGUCGAGUCAUCCAAGAGAGUGACGCUCAAGAUUGUUCUGAUCUGGUUGGUGUCGUUUGCUGUGGUCGCAGCUCCGUUGUAUCCGUUUUUUCUUUAUCGUUCUUCUUCAGUCUCAGCACAAUGUUACCCAGACGGGCCAACCUUUGUGCUCAAAGCCUACGCUGUAUCCUUGGCAAUCUUUUGGUAUCUGCUGCCCCUCGGCAUCAUAACUGUUACAUACUGGAAGAUCUCCGCUCAACUGCGACAGAGCAACACCUUCCAYAAGACUAUGCACGGAGAAGAAGCUGCAAAGAGCAAACUCUUCAAGGAAGAAGAAAGRCGACGACUCAAGCAAAACAAGAARGCACAGAGAAUCCUGACACCACUCGUGGUCAUCUUUGCYGUUACUAUGCUACCAUUGAAUGUGUUUCGCCUGGCCCUAGGRUUUUUCCCUCAGUUCGUGAAAUAUGAAUACUAUUAUCAGUUGUUCAGUGUAUGCGCGCUGUUUGUUGUUAUYAAUUCUGCUUCCGACCCUAUCGUUUAUUACAUAUCCAGUAAAGAGUUCCGAAAGGGUCUUCAAGAUCUUCUGUGCAACGGCAAUCGCUUGUCAAAAAAUGGUCCCAGAGCCAAGCCGUUCGGUAAGGAGGCUUCCACUUCGGGUCCUGUAUUGGAAACAGAGAUGUAAAGU